AUUUUCUUCAAUGGUGUCUUUCCCCAGUUAUGCACCAGUGGAUUGCAAAAGAAUUGAAGUGGGUGAUGUGUGUUAUUCUACUGAAGGGUGUACGCUAAGAUAAACACAUACAUGUAUUGCUAUAUUUUCAAUUUCUCCACACUUCGUAGUGCAGUCACACAGCAAACAUACUGAGGAGCCUCUGUUAAUCGUGACGUGUUCCAUUGUGUCUGGGAAAUAACGAAAGACUUCCAUACAACCUAGUCUCUUCAUACCUGGGCAGCUGCAGGAUGAGUUUCCGCUAUACGACUCUUUUCGUGGCAACCCUUUCAAGUGUAUGGAAAGUAAACAUAGCAGUGGAGACCAUAGAUUGUACGUCAACGCAACCUGUAAAAGUGGGUUCAACACCGACAAUUUAUAGAUACGGAGAUGGUGUGACGCCAUAUCCUAUCACAUCAUCAUGUACAUUUGUAUUGGAGGCUCUUGAUCCAAACUCCAAACUGCUCAUUGGAACAACUCCUAAGUGUGGUACAAGCGACACCCUAGUUAUAUACGAUGGAAGGGACAACUCAGGUUCUAGGCUAGUACAGGGAUGCUGUACCGAUUGCACUAAACCUUCAGAAACUUCAACAGGGAAUGUUCUAUACGUAUCAUUUCAGUCCGACAGUACAUCAGGUCCGAAAGAACUAGGGUUCGAUCUUCAGGUGAUUGCUGGAACAGAUCAGUCAUCGUGUUCGAAUAACAACGCUGAAAAUACAUUCACUGUUGAUACGUCUCCGACCAUCAUUUCCUCUCCCAAUUUCCCGUCACCCUACCCACUUCACCGUACCUGCUCGUACACUUUUAUACCAGCCGAUGCAAGCCUAGAAAUGAAAAUAUCUUUCGACAUCAUCAGCCUUGAUUUCGAAAAUCGAUGUUUUGACAACAUCACAUUACGCAAAGAUAAUAGUUCUGGAGAUAUAAUAUCUACCAUAUGUGAAUAUGGAAAAACUUUAACACUAUUUCCAAACGAGACCCAGAUCGUUCAGGGACAACUAUUUUUACAGUUUAUCAGUGACGUCAUAGAAUCCAGUACUGGAUUUAGAGCAAUUGUUCAGCAAGUAACAGCAACACAAACCACAGAAAACAGUCCAUCGACAACCCAGGCAACUGAAGCAAGUUCAACGGUAACUUCUACAACCACUAGUCUAGUAACAACAACCCAAACCACAGAAAACAGCCCAUCGACAACCAAGGCAACUCAAGCAAGUUCAACGGUAACUUCUACAACCGCUGGUCCAGGCUGCCAGGAUAUUUUGGUAAAUGAAGCCAACUCUGGUAUGGUAACAGUGACUAGUAGUGAAUAUCCCAACCCUAAGGACAUGUUCACUGUAACAGGAACCACCGAAGAUGAAAAGCUGUCCCAAACUAGAGCUACUUUGACGUUUAGCAACAACGCUAAAAUCAGCGAAUUGAAAGUGACUGUCACAAACACAUACCAAAUCAUCGUGGAUAUUCUCAGAGAGGAUAACAUGAGAGCAGAUAGAAAAUCUAUCACAUACCCUGGGACGUUGGUGAUGAACUUUGAUGAAACUGAAGGGAAAUCCAUAUUGAUCAUACUUCUCAAAAUGACUACUGUAACUCCCUCAACAAUCUCCUCUGUGCAAAUCCAGGCAUGUACACAAGUAACAGCAACGCAAACCACAGAAAACAGUCCAUCGACAAUCCAGGCAACUCAAGCAAGCUCAAUGGUAACUUCUACAACCACUAGUCUAGAGGGAACAACAAAAGAGACCACAACAGAAAAUGGUUUGUCGACUACUCAGCAGGAUCAAACUCGUUCAACAACUUCCACUUUAACUACUGAAGAAACUUCAAUACAUCAAACAACGACAACAGAAAAGACAACUUCAACUGAAGAACAAUCAUUAACUACGACACUGGUAGAAAUCACAUCUUCCACUGUACAACAAUCAACAACAGAAGACAAUUCCAUUCCUCUUGCCAUAACUUGCGCUCUGAUAGGAAUUAUCAUCCUACUAUCCAUUAACAUUAUUGUGUACAAGUGGGCCAAAGGAAGAGCAAUGGAGGACAUUGCGGUCUUAAGUGCUAUAGAGGUUUACAAAGAGACCCGAUUUGGUAUCGCUAAGGGGUACUUCCACAGCAAGAGUCUUAAACAGGAUACCCUCAACCCAUUAUAGAGGGAAAUGGAAAACCUCCAAGUAUAGUACAUCACUGACGAAUGUCCACAGACAACUCGUAGUGUCUUCAUUGCACCAAGAUAUAACGGAAGCGGUCUACCAAAAGAAAAUAAAAAAAACUUUAAGGAGAGUUAAGUUAUCUGCACAUAUAGAUGUAGUUUAAUGGUUAUGGUUUGGGAAAGAGAAUGCAAUGUGUUAUAUAAUUAUGAUAAAGGACACAAUAUUUGUUUACGGAAUGUUGACAAACUGUUUACUGUAUACAGGGAAAUAUUUGCCCCCGUUUUAUUUUUGCCCCUUUCGUCCUCGUUGUCAGUUGGCGAAUUUAAGACUGGGCGAAACUUUGUUCUCUUAACUCGCUUUUACAUUGUAACACAACUCUGUCUGGGCGAAUUUAUAACGGAGCGAAACCGCCAGCAAGUCUAGAAAGUCGAAAAUAACACGGGAUGAAAAUAAGCCAGUAUACAUUUAUGUGUUUAUAUUUAUUUCAUGUUUUAUACAUAUAGCUUUUCAUCCAAAAUUACAUUUAUUUGAGGCAAAAAAUAAAGCACGAAAUCUAAUUCACAUAAUAUUUGUCCUAUCAACUUUGUAGUAUGUUUUUGUGAUCUUUCGAUGCUAAUCCUCGAAAAUCGCCUAUAUUUAUGACCCCCUACAGUUAGAGACAGUGCAUAUUUCCUUUCUAUAGUAAGAGAUAGUGAAUAUUUCCUCUUCAGUAACAGAUAGUGAAUACAUCUCCGCUACAAUCAGAGAUAGUGACGAUCUCUUUGCUACAGUCAGAGAUAGUGAAGAUCUCUAUGCUACAAUCAGAUAUAGUGAAGAUCGCUAUGCUGCAGUCAGAUAUAGUGAAGAUCUCUAUGCUACAGCCAAUGAUAGUGAAGAUAUUUCCGCUACAGUCAGAAAUAAUGAAGAUAUCUCCGCUACAACCAGAGAUAGUGAAUAUAUCUCCGCUACAGUCAGAGAUAGUGAAGAUAUCUCCGCUACAAUCAGAGAUGGUAUUGAUCUCUCCUCUACAGGCAGAAAUAGUGAAGAUAUCUCCGCCACAGUCAGAGAUAGUGAAGAUCUCUUCUCGACAAGCAGAAAUAGUUAAGAUCUCUCCUCUACAGGCAGAGAUAGUGAAAAUUUCUUCCCGACAGGCAGAAAUAGUGAAGAGCUCUCCUUUACAGUCAGAGAUAGUGAAGUGAAGGUCCCUCUUUACAGUCAAAGACAGUCCUUUAAAUCCCAUUCAAAAUAUUACUAAAAGUAUUGCAUUUUAUUUUGUCAGUAUCGCAAAUACAUAUAUAUGUACUUUUUUUGAGACAAGUAUCAUGUAGAAGGCCACCCCUAUGCAUGGUGUAAUUUCGAAUAUGCAAAAGUGAUUUUUAAGAAAAGGAUAACCUUCUGUACAAUGUAAAGUGAAAAGUCUUAUUGUGUUUUUUCUUCUGAUUUUUCAUUUUCUUCUAAAUCCAGAUGAAAUAUGACGCUUUACGCACAAUGUAUCCAUCAACUGGUGUUCACUUUGCAGUCGUAGCGUUUUACAUUAUGAACGAAACUUUUUGAUUAUCAUUAAUUGUAAUGCUCUAUAGAUUAGGGGAAAAUGAGCAAUUUUUUUCUCUAAAUGAUUUUUCUCUUUUAAAAAAAAUUAUUCUAUUUGGAUGAUUUCUUAAAAACCAUGCAUGCGUUUUCAUGGCCAUUUCUUUAACGUCCCACACCUAGAAUCACAGGUAUUUCCCCAUUCAUAAUGCUUAUUCGAGAAUCGCGCAAAGAACGUUAAUUUAAAAUCAUCCCCCAAGAGAUAUGAACAAUUCAAUGCAGUAAACAACAGGACUGGAUAUAAAAUUGUCGGUUUUCUGUAUAUGGUGUUUACCAAGGGCAGUAACUCUACAAUAAACUUCACAGGAUUAAUGAGGUCGUGUUUUAUAUUUGAAAACACAAAUAAAAUCUUCUUUAUAAAAUUAUGAUAUAAAAUGAUGUUGAAUAUCCAAUUACCUUUAAGAAAGUUGUAACUUAAGAUACGGUGUGAUAUUUUACGUUAAUUGUGCUUCAUUUUGAGUCAAUCUCCAUUUUUUUUUUUCAAUCUCAAAUAAGCAUACCCUUGAGUUAUGAUAUUGUUUACAGAAAAGCCUAGCCUUUAAUCCAUCAUGAGGAAUGGUUGUAUAAAGUGCUGAAAAGGCA